GUUACUAGUUUCGGGUAAAUGAGUUUGGAGCCCUGGAAGUUAUUACAGAUGAGAGUGAAAUGGAAAGUGUUAAAAAAGCAACAGCUACCACAACUUGGAUGGUACCAACUGCUCAAGAAGCCCCGACCUCCCCCCCGAGCUCCAGGCCCGUAUUUCCACCUGCCUACUGGACAUCUCCACCUGGAUGUCCCUCAGUCUUUUCAGAGAAGACUGGGAUGCCUUUCAGGUUGAAAGAUCCAGUGAAAGUCGAUGGACUUCAAUUCUGUGAGAACUGUUGUCAUUAUGGCAAUGUAGAUGAGUGUCUUUCUGGAGGAAACUUUUGCAGCCAGAAUUGUGCUCGACAUAUCAAAGACAAAGAGCAGAAAGAAGAAAGAGACAUAGGAGAAGACAAUGACGAAGAAGAUUCCAAGUGUAGUCGAAAGAAAAAACCAAAAUUAUCUCUGAAAGCUGACUCCAAGGAAGACGGAGAAGAAAGAGAUGAUGAAAUGGAGAACAAACAAGAUGCAAGGAUCCUUAGGGGUUCACAGAGAACUAGAAGGAAAAGACGAGGUGAUUCAGCUGUAUUAAAGCAAGCUUUGCCUUCUAAAGGAAAGAAAGCUUGGUGUUGGGCAUCCUACCUAGAAGAAGAAAAAGCUGUGGCAGUGCCAGCAAAGCUGUUUAAGGAGUAUCAAUCAUUUCCAUAUAAUAAAAAUGGAUUUAAAGUUGGCAUGAAAUUAGAGGGUGUGGACCCUGAACAUCAGUCUGUGUACUGUGUCCUCACCGUUGCUGAGGUUUGUGGAUACCGGAUAAAGCUGCACUUUGACGGAUAUUCAGAUUGCUAUGAUUUCUGGGUAAAUGCAGAUGCUCUGGAUAUUCACCCAGUUGGAUGGUGUGAGAAAACUGGCCAUAAACUCCAUCCUCCAAAAGGAUAUAAAGAAGAGGAAUUUAAUUGGCAAACUUACCUUAAGACUUGUAAAGCUCAAGCUGCUCCCAAGUCAUUAUUUGAAAAUCAGAAUAUAACAGUAAUCCCAUCAGGCUUUCGGGUUGGAAUGAAGCUUGAAGCCGUAGACAAAAAGAACCCUGCAUUCAUCUGUGUUGCUACGGUAACAGAUAUGGUGGACAAUCGUUUCCUGGUGCAUUUUGACAACUGGGAUGAGAGCUAUGACUACUGGUGUGAAGCCACUAGUCCACACAUUCACCCAGUUGGCUGGUGUAAAGAGCAUAGAAGAACACUCAUUACCCCUCCAGGUUAUCCAAAUGUGAAACAUUUUUCUUGGGAUAAGUAUUUAGAAGAAACUAAUUCUUUACCUGCUCCUGCAAGAGCUUUCAAAGUGAAACCUCCACAUGGAUUCCAGAAAAAAAUGAAACUUGAGGUCAUAGACAAAAGAAAUCCCAUGUUUAUUAGAGUAGCAACAGUUGCAGAUACAGAUGACCACAGAAUAAAAGUUCACUUUGAUGGUUGGAGUAGUUGCUACGAUUACUGGAUAGAUGCAGAUUCUCCUGAUAUUCACCCUGUAGGCUGGUGUUCAAAAACCGGGCAUCCUCUUCAGCCUCCUUUGAGUCCCUUAGAAUUAAUGGAACCCUCAGAACACAGUGGAUGCUCAACUCCUGGAUGUAAAGGGAUUGGCCAUUUUAAAAGAGCAAGACACUUGGGUCCUCACAGUGCUGCCAACUGCCCCUAUUCAGAAAUUAAUUUAAAUAAAGACCGAAUUUUCCCAGACCGCUUAAGUGGUGAGAUGCCUCCGGCUAGUCCAUCAUUUCCCAGAAAUAAAAGGACAGACACAAAUGAAAUCUCUUCAUCUCCUGAAAUCAGAGAUCAGAAUACUGAAGAUGGCAAAGAAGACUUUGAAGGGAGAACAGAAAAUGAGAUGAAAACAUCACAUAAAGCCAGAGGUGCCCGGGAAGAGCCUAGUGUGCAGCAAGCACAACGUCGAUCAGCCGUCUUUCUGUCCUUUAAAUCUCCAAUCCCAUGUCUGCCCUUGCGCUGGGAACAGCAAAGUAAACUCCUCCCAACUGUAGCCGGAAUUCCUGCCAGCAAAGUUUCCAAAUGGAGCACAGAUGAAGUGUCAGAAUUCAUCCAGAGCUUACCUGGAUGUGAAGAACAUGGAAAAGUAUUUAAAGAUGAACAAAUUGAUGGAGAAGCUUUUCUUCUUAUGACCCAAACAGACAUUGUUAAAAUUAUGAGCAUUAAGUUGGGCCCUGCUCUGAAAAUUUUCAAUUCUAUCCUGAUGUUCAAAGCUGCAGAGAAGAACUCUCACAAUGAACUUUGAAGAUGGUGAAUUUUAAAUGCCAUCAGCUUUCUGCUUUAAAGCUCAUAUUUUAUUCAAAGCACAAGGACAGUUAUAACUACUAAGUGAGAAUUCUCCAAAUCUCAAAAGAACAAUGUUAUCGGAUUAUUUAUAUUCCUCAAGAGACAUUAUAUGAAUUCCUAUGAAAGUGCUUGAGCUUUUUACCAGGUACUGUCUAACAACAGUCAUCUUUUGGUUCUGUUCACUGAGCUAAAUUUACCUUUGUAAAUCUUUUUGAGGUUGGGGGUGGGAGGGGCAGGGGACUUCAUUAUUUAUGGAUAAGGGGGGACUGAGUAAGAACUUUUGGCAUUUUGUAAACAUUGUCGAAUUCUCUUUCAUGUACACUUUCAUUUUUCAAUAUUUUCAGGAAUCUUUUUUAUAUAAUCAAACUUCAACUUGAACCAAAUUAGUCAAAACCUGGCUCAGUUUAGCCAGUGGGACUGUUACUUGUAUUGUUAAUUCUGUGCCAUAUUUUGAAUUGCAACAUUAUGCUAAGUAUAACUUUGCAAGUCACGAUAUUGCCUAAUGCUUGUCAUAAUUCGUUAGGCUAAACAGUUGUAAAAUUAAUUUUCUUUAAAUCAGUAUUUUUUACUUUUGCACGCAUUAUGAAAUGUUAAACAAAUUACUUUCACCAGCAUCUUUACUAUAAUUACCAAAAACAUGUAUAUAUGAACAAUGAAAUUGAAAAUAAAAUAUAUAAGCAUAAAUAAAUUAGGUGAUGUAUUUGAAUGGCAUCGAUCUCACACAUUGUGGUGCCCAGUGUGUUUACAAGAUCUAGUUCUAUCAAAUGAAUAUGCACUUACAUUGGUGGGAGGUGGUGUUUUUAACUUUGGUGAACUAUUUAUGAAAUUAUCUUGAGAUUCUGUCACAGAGCUCAUUGGUGCUUUGCAGACAUGAAGGGCUCAUUCUGUAGAUAGAAACACUAAUCUGUAAAGAGCUCUAUCACAGAACUUGUCAUGUCCUCCAAACCCAAAGGUUUUCUUCAGAGCUGCCUGAAGAGAAAGUGUAUAGAUGUUACUGAAAAGUCAAGGUGUGAGGGAGCAACAGUAGUCAGCACAAAGAUUCUAAAUGUUCAUAACUGAGGCAGUUUCCCAAAGCAGUUAUUAAGAUUCUGUUUUGGAAAUAUUACUUCCUCUGUAGAAGGGGUUCAUCUCAAUAUAUAAGCAUACAGAUGCACUUUAACUGAAGACCUUUGUUUAAGCAUAGACUGAUGGCUGGUGGUAGUUCUGUUUUAUAAAAGUGCAUUUCCAACAAAAAUAGUAAAUUAUUUUAUCCAGCCUUUGGAUGUGAUUUUUUUUUAAUUCUAGGAUUAGACAUUUAUUCAAGGAUUAUUUUGGAAGUAGCAAAUAAAAGUUUGUAGCAUGUUGGCUGAAUUUUGGGGAAACUUCCACCUCUCUCAUGCUGCUCUUAUUUUUUUCUGAUCUAAGACUUCUUUUGAUAUCCCCCAUUGGAAGCUCAUUGGCUAUCCUUUGCAUUUGUCAUAAUUUAUAGUAGAACAGUGUCAGUGACUUCUGCAAUGUUCUUUUCAUUUCUAUGCAUGAAUCUGUUUAAAUAAGUUUUUCAUUGUUGAUUCCCCCCUUUUUAUGUUUUGUUCAGAAUUUGUACAUUCGAGUUGCACUUGUUAUAUCUGACAUGAAUAAAUAAAAUCUUAAUUGCAGAUAA